AUGAAGAAAUGGGCUGACGAAAGAGAGGCAGGCCUUUCGGACUGGUCUGCCGACCAGGGGAUCUCGAUCUCCGGUCAAAGACCCUUCGAUCAUCGAUCGAAACUUAGUUCGAAGAUCCGCUAUUGGCUGCGGAAAAUGAAUCUCAUGAGCUCCUGA